CGGUGGCCAUUUAUUAAGUGGGUAUACAAACAAAAAGGAAGUACUUGUUCGAGUUUCUUGCGCUGAAUGGCGAACGCUGCAGUGUUUGAUCUGUGUGUGGUGGGGGCGGGGAUGAUCGGGUCCGCGGCCGCGCGUCACGCCUCUGAGCUGCCAGGGACGUCCGUCUGUCUCAUCGGGCCGGAGGAGCCUCAGGAUCGCCAUAACAAUGCCACGGGGAUAUUCGCUGCGCAUUACGACGAAGGGCGAAUUACUCGUGCCUGCGACCCCAACCCUGUGUGGGCCUCCAUGGCCCAGGCGUCCAUCAAACGCUACAAGGAUAUAGAGGAGAAAUCAGGAAUUUCUUUCUACAAUGAGGUCGGGACAUUGAUGGCAGCUCGAUCUAACGGCGAAUAUAUGUCGAAGGUACAAACUGUCUUAAAAGAACAGAGAAUCCCAGUUGUGAACCUAGAUGGCCGCGAAUUGGCGGCUAAAUUCCCGUACCUUAGACUGUCGGCGAAUGACGCGGGGGUGUAUGAGGAGCGGAACGCGGGCUAUAUCAGCCCGAGGCGGCUGGUCAGCGCCCAGCAGGCGGCUGCCAAGAAACAGGGCUGCCGCAUCAUCCAUGAUGUUGUCGAAAAAGUCAGCAGAGUUGUAAAGAACGGGGAGUAUGUAAUGCGGGUUGAGACCAAUGGUGGGACUGUGGUUGAGAGCCGGAAGGUGCUGUUAGCCGCAGGGGCGUACACGGACUUCCGUCAACUACUUCCGGGCUUCCGCCUCAACCAGCUGCUUUGUCCGCUUACAGUAGCACUGGCCGAAAUCAGCGAGCAAGACGCGGCAAUACUUAGGUCGAUGCCGUCGGUCAUCUACAAAGGUGACGGCCACCCCGAGCUGCACCCUGACUUUCCACGACUCCCCGACGGCCAGGUUUCCUACUACAUGUUGCCGCCGAUACAGUAUCCAGACGGUAAAUAUUACAUCAAACUUGGCCACUUUCAUGCUGCUGUGUUGGCCCGGCUUCAUUCUGCCGGCGAGGUGAAGCGAUGGUUCGAGACGGGAAACAAAGCUCUUGCGGACGCAACUGGGAAAUUUAUUAGAUCACUUUUCAAAGGCGUGGAAGUGUUAGGAUGGAAGCAGGACCAGUGUGUCGUGGUGGAGACUCCUAACGAUUUGCCGUACAUAGACACCGUUCACACCCAGCUCGGGGUGGCCACCGGGGGAAACGGGUACGCCGCCAAAAGCAGCGACGAAAUCGGCAGAAUCGCUGCGACCAUGAUGUUGCGAGGGUGGGAUUCUGAUAUCCCGCGAGACACGUUCAGGCUUAGGACCAAAUCCGCGCUAUAACAUCAAUGGUUUACGAAACAUGGAUGUUAUUGUUAGAAAAAAUACACCAGCCUCUGUUCUGAUCACGCUGACUAAUCUUACCUAGGGGGUUAAAUUAGGUGACACAGAAAACGUUUUUCGUCAGUGUUACGAGGACUUGUGUACUUAUCAUUAUCCAAACAGAUAACAAGACAUCUAUCUAGGGCAACCAAUAUAGUUAAUUUAAUUGUACUCUUAUAUGAAGGUAUAAGCAAACAUAUCGAUACAACUUUGGAUACUUUAAAAGUAUUUUUGAACAUUAUAAAAUCAUAUAUGUACAUACCACAUACUUAUAAUCAUAAA